ACAUUGAAAAACAACAAAAACACAGAAAGAAAAACCUCUAAAGGAAUCAAACAGGAGGUGAUCCAGGUUAAAUAAAGUUAAAACAACUAGAAAACCUCCAAAUUUAAAGUUUUUAUGGAGUUCAGCUGAAAACAAUGAGUCUCUGCUGUGUUUUAGACGACCAAUGAGACCAAAGAGGAAUAAAUCAGAUCUCCACAAUUCUUCCUCUGAGUUGCGUGAUCUGGCUGCAGCUCAGAAAUGCGACACAUUUAGCAGAAAACAAAGAGACAACGGCGGCUUUGUUCGGGUCGAGCUGCCGAACCGAGACCUUCCUGACGUCUGAGGAGAAGAAGAACUUACAGUCUGAGGAGGAUGAGUGGAAAUAUGACUUAAAAUGAGAAAAAACACCAAUAAAAUAUAAGAAAUACAUAUAAGAAGCUGGAUGUGUGAUGUGUAGGGAGGAGCUCGGGGUGGAUGGACAGUUCCAGCUUUUAAUUCAGUAAACUGGUGCUUUUUUUUGAUGAUUCUUUCAACUGCUAAAGUUCCACAUCUGUAACCUCCUGGUUGUUUGUUUAUGAUUAAAUGCAGGAGGAGGUCGGGGUGGAGGCUGGACGUAUAAAGGACAAGACUCCACCCAUCUGGGAGGUCUAUGGAUCCUCUGAAACCACUGAAAUUUAGACUUUUCUCACAGGAAAACAAGUCCGUUUUUAUUUAAAUAAAGAGUAAUACACCUGCUGCUGAGCCGACACCACGGCUGAAUCCAGACCCUGGACAUGGUGUUUGGGUCGGUUUGGUGAUCCGGGACGUCCAGGUCCGGAGCCUGAAGGGUGCUGGAGAUGCUGGGUGGAGAUGUGGUCGCCGUCUGGGAGGUGGCGCUGAGCGACGGCGUCUAUCGGAUCGAGUUUGCUCACGGAACAACCACCGGGAAACGUGUCGUGUACGUUAACGGGAAGGAAGUGGUCAGGAAAGACUGGAUGUUCAAGCUGGUGGGUAAGGAGACCUUCAUGGUCGGAGGCGCCAGCACCAAAGCCACCAUCAACAUCGAGGCCAUCAGCGGCUUUGCCUACGAAUAUUCUCUGGAGGUUGGUGGGAAAAGUCUGCAGAAGUUCAUCGACAACCGAGCCAAGACCACCAAGACGUGGCUGCUGUCGGUGGACGGGGAGGACUGCAGGGUGGUUCUGGAAAAGGACACGAUGGACGUUUGGUGCAACGGACAGAAAAUGGAGACGACGGGGGAGUUUGUGGACGACGGCACUGAGACUCACUUUUCUCUGGGUGAACAUGACUGCUGCAUCAAAGCUUCCAGCGGCGGGAAGAAGAAGAACGGCAUCGAGCAUCAUCUGCUGAUGGACGGACAGAACGUGUCGCCGCAGUAGAACCGAACCGCCGGACUAAAAACUGAACCUGAGCAGGAAGCAGCUCUGAAAACGUGUUUUUAUCUCAAAUGUCUGAAUCCUGAUCAGAUAUUAAAGCAGCUGCUGGUCCAAAACUGAGUUCUGGAAAAUAUUCUGGCUGAACGAGUUUAAAAUCAUUUUAUAGAAUUUUUGAGUAAUUGUGAACAAUUUUGGACACUUUUUACAUCAGUUUGGAAAAAUUUUAUGUAAUUCUGGAGAACUUUACAGUUAAAUUCUUCUCUUGUUUUGUUGCUGAGCUGAAAUCCAACAUAAACAUUUGCUAAAUUAGUUUUUUCUUAAUUUUAAUUCAGGUUAAUUUGUGUUUUAAUUUUCACAACCAGACAAAAUCAUUUGAAUUUGCUGGAUAGAAAACUGACAGAAAAAAAGAUUUUUUUUCUGGACUAAAUCUAUUUAACUUGGGUGAUGUUAAAAAAAAAACUUUUUAUAGUUUCUAUCAAUUCUCAUGUACAGUGAUUAUCAUUAAAAUAAGUAAAUCUAAAUAAAGGGAGAUGUGAGUUUC